AGUUAUCCAAAAAAUAUGGAAGAAGAAACAACUUCAGCAGAGACAGGGAAACAUUCAAGAAAUCAAUCGAAAAUUUUCAAUGAUCCAAUAUGGGGUCCAAUCGAGCUGAAUCGUGUUUGUGUAAAGAUAAUUGACACACCUGAGUUUCAGCGACUGAGAUUUGUCAAACAACUUGGAGGCUGUUCAUUUGUUUACCCUGGGGCUAUUCACACACGAUUCGAACAUUCCAUUGGAACCUCAUAUCUAGCAGGACUUCUAGUUCGAUCUCUUAAAGAUAAGCUAAAACUUAAUCCAGAAUACAACAUCACUAUAGAGGAUAAAGAUAUUCUUUGUGUGGAGAUUGCUGGACUUUGCCAUGAUUUGGGUCAUGGGGCAUUCUCACACUUGUUUGACUUGCUGUUUAUCCCUAGGAUUGAUAGAGAAACAAAGUGGACGCAUGAGAAGGCUUCCAUUGAAAUGCUGUUCCAGAUUUUUGACAAUAACAUGGAUGUUCUUAGAAAAAUCGGAGAUGACGAUUACGAUAAAUUAGACCUAGAGAAGGGUUCUAAUUCUAAAGAUAGGGCUUUUAUUGAGGGUUUAAUACUUGGGACGAAAAAGCCAGAAAGCAAAUCAGGGAGAGGAAAGGAAAAGGACUUUCUUUAUGAGAUAGUGGCAAAUGAAGAAAACAAAAUUGACGUGGACAAAUGGGACUAUUUCUCUAGAGAUUGUCAUAUGCUGGGUCUGAAGCAUAACUUUCAGAUUAUGCGAAGUAUAAAGCUGGCUCGUGUCAUCAAGCACGACGAUGGAUAUCACAUUUCCUUUCCCAUAUCAGAAUACAUGAAUAUUUUCGAUAUGUACCACGCACGCUAUACCCUCCAUCGCCGUGCUUACCAACAUCCGGUCAACAAAGCUGUGGAAUUAAUGAUCACAGACGCACUGUGUUUGGCCGAUGAUAAGCUGAUGGCUGGAGAUGGAAAGACCGAAAUAAAAUUAUCAGACACCAUUAAAAAUAUGGAGGCAUACACUUUUGUCACUGAUGGUGUCAUUGAUCGUAUUCGUUUUGAAAACUUCGAAGAUGAAAAAUUCAAGAAAGCUAAAGAGAUAAUUAAGAGAAUAUUUAGGCGUGAGUUCUAUAAAUGUGAAAAGAAAAGUGGAAUGGAAAGAAGAGUAAAAGAUUCACGGAAGGCAAAGGGAGGAGAGCUCACAAAAGAUCAGAAAAUAAUUCAUCAACUGAUCAAGAAUGAGGACAUUCAUGUAGAGCCUGUUGUUUUCAAUUACGGAGCGAAAGAAGAAAACCCUAUGGACAAAGUUUACUUUUAUCGCGGCGAUGCUUCAGAUAAACCAACAUAUGACGAGGUAUCAUUUUAA